AUGGAUCAUUUGUUUAUUAUCAUCGUUCUACUUGUGACUUUAUUUAUUUUCGUCGUCCAUUUCUUCCGCAAAGCCGCCAACCUCCCACCGACUAUUUUCCCAACCCUACCCAUAAUCGGCCACCUUUACCUCUUAAACAAACCCCUCUACAGAUCCCUUGCCUCAAUCUCUGCCAAACACGGUCCAAUCCUCUAUCUCUGCUUCGGAUCCCACCGCGUACUUUUGGUCUCCUCGCCUUCGGCAACCGAAGAAUGUCUGACAAAAAAUGACAUUAUCUUUGCCAACCGCCCUCGAUGGCUAUACGGCAAAAUUCUUGCUUCUAACUACAUCAACCUAAGUUGGGCGCCAUAUGGCAACCACUGGCGCAACCUUCGCCGAAUCUCAACCAUCGAGAUCUUCUCAUCUCACCGCCUUAACGAGUUCCAUGAUAUACGUGCCUACGAAGGGAGACUCCUUGUACAAAAGUUGAUCCGUGAAUGUUCAUCACCGGUGAACUUAAACUCUACAUUCCACUAUUUGACGUUUAACAUGUUGAUAAGGAUGAUCUCUGGGGAAAUGUAUUUCGAAUUCGGCCGUGAUUUAGAGGAGAAACGUAAACAGUUUCAAGAGAUAGUGAAGGAGAUGUUUCAGGUGGGGGAUAUUUUAAAUUUGGAGGAUCACUUGCCGAUUUUGAGUUGGUUAGGUAUAAGAGGAGUAGAGAAUAAGAUGAUUGCGUUGCAGAAAAAAAGAAACACAUUCUUUCAAGGGUUGAUUGAUGAACUUCGAGAAGUGAAGGGUGUUGAAGCUGUGAACAAGAAGAAAAACACCAUGAUUGAAGUGCUCUUCCAGCUACAAGAAACUGAUCCUGACUACUACACAGACGAACUCAUUAAAAUCUUUCUGUUGAACCUAUUAGCAGCCGGUACUGAUGGUCCCGUCUCAACAAUGGAAUGGGCUUUCUCACUUUUGCUCAACCAUUCACAUGUUCUAAAAAAAGCGCAAUACGAAAUCGACACUUGUGUAGGCAAACAUCGUCUUGUUAAUGAAUCUGACAUAGCCAACUUACCUUACCUAUGUUGCAUUAUGAAUGAGACAUUGCGGUUAUACCCUCCAACUCCAUUAUUAUUACCUCACCAGUCAUCAGAGGAUUGUGUGGUUGGAGGCUAUCACAUCCCACGUGGGACAAUACUACUCAUAAACCAAUGGGGCAUACAACAUGACCCAAAGUUGUGGUGUGACCCGGAAAGGUUUCACCCGGAAAGAUUCGCAGGGCUUGAAGACGCGGGUGAGAGAUUUAAGUUCAUGCCAUUUGGGUUUGGAAGGAGGGUUUGUCCCGGAGAUGGAUUAGCUAUGCGUAUGAUUGGAUUGACAUUGGGGUUACUUAUACAAUGUUUUGAUUGGGAAAAUAUUAGUGAAGACAUGGUUGAUAUGAGUGAAGGUCUUGGGCUUACCAUGCCAAAGGCUCAACCUUUGGUAGUCAAGUGUAGACCACGUUCAACCGCUCAGAAUCUAGCGUCUCAAAGCUAAGUCCAUUACCUAAGAUCACUCGUGUUUGACUUGGCAUAUAUAAUUCAAAAAAUAGCUAAAACACCUCCGUCUUGGUACUUGCACUUAGGUAAUUGUCUAUUACGUAUUGUGAAAUUAGUAAUUCAUGCGUAGAACUAUUUCUUUUUUUUUUGUUCAACUUGUUUGCUCGACUACAUGUAUUUCGUUUUAUGUAGCAAGCUACUAAGGUUAUCAUCGAAACUCAAGGCUUGAGACUUUUAACACUUUUUUUUUUCAAGUUUGAUAUGAUAAUUUAAUGAUACUUCUAA